AUGUCGUUUACUUCUAUCCCAAUCCUGGACCUGGCUGCGGCUCGGGAUCCGGCUACCAAGCCUGGGUUCCUAAAGGAGCUCCGCCAUGCGCUGAUGGAGGUUGGCUUCCUGUAUCUCAAGAACGUCGGCAUUCCCGAUGAGGUGUUUCAGAAGGUCAUUGAUCUGGGCAAGGGAUUCUUUGAUAUUCCUGAAGAGGAAAAGCUCAAGAUCGAGAUGAAGAAUGCCCCGUCAUUCUUGGGCUACUCUCGCCUCUCGGCUGAAAUCACGGCUGGAGAGAUUGACCACCGCGAGCAGAUUGACCUCUCAACAGAGCACCCCAUCCCCAAGGAAGGCUCCCCUCUGUACAGGAACCUACUGGCACCCAACCAAUGGCCCGCCGAAGAGUCUAUCCCCGGGUUUCGGAGCACCUACACGGACUACAUGAACCGCAUGGGCGACAUCUCCAUCUACUUCACCUCCCUCAUCGCCGAGGCCAUCGAGCUCCCCAGCGAUGCCUUUUCCAAGUACUUUGACGCUGACCAGCAGCAUAAGCUCAAGAUCGUCAAGUACCCGGACCUCGCCGAGCUCGGCCACGGGGGUGACGCGCAGGGUCAGGGUGUCGGACCGCACAAGGACAGCAUGCUCACGAGCUACCUCCUCCAAGCAACUUCCCACAAGGGGCUGCAGGUGCAGAACGUCCGCGGAGAGUGGAUCGACUGCGAACCCAUCCCAGGGACGCUCGUUGUCGCCAUCGGGCAGGGUCUUGAAGCUCUGACGCAGGGAGUCUGCGUUUCGACGACGCACCGCGUGCUCUCGCCGGCCGCUGGCUCAGGAGCCCGCUUCUCCAUCCCCUUCUUCCAGGGCGUGCGAAUGGACGCCGAGUUUGAGGACCUAGAGAAGGUGGGCGUUGGCCGCGUGCCGGAGAGCGUGAGGGAGCAGCGCCGGCAAAUCGUGGAGCGCAACGGCGGCCGUAUCGACGAUGUCGAGUUUACGUUCCGCGCUGGAGGCGUUUCAAAGACGCUGGGUGAGGCGACACUGCGCAACCGCGUCAAGAGUCACCAGGACGUCGGCGAGCGCUGGUACCCGGAUAUUCUCGCUGGGAUCCGCGAGGAGCAGGCAAGGGCCAAGAAGCAGCGGGAGGAGGCUGCGCUGGUGGUCGAGACACCUCCCCAGGCCGUGGAGGCUCAUUAA